AUUUCACCUGGAAAGUGUCAGCACGCGUCCCCAAUCAUUCGAUACACCGAGCAUUCAUCUUGAAUAUAUAUAUCGUCAGCCUUUCUCGCGUUUCUAACUGCUCACCCACGUAACAAAAAGACCAAGCCAGAGUUUACCUUCUUGUGAUCGUACAGUUAUCAAAAGCCUUUCUUGCGUUUCUAACUGCUUACCAGCGUAACAAAAAGACCAAGCCAGAGUUUAUCCACUUGUGAUCGUACAGUUAUCAAAAGAUGUUUUUACAAGCAAAGUCUUUUUAUAAAAGGCAACCCACUUCAUUAAGCUCUGCAUCAAGAACCCCCUCUCCACCUACUAACAGUGAAACACCGGUAGUGGCUAGACGGAGAGAGGUGACAACCUUGUCGACGGCAGAAAUCAAUAAGAUAUUUGAUGCCUUUAAUGCAGUGAGUGUCCAAUUAAAGAAACAAAGGGAGGUUUUGCGCGAGGUGGGGAACAGACAAGAACAACUGCUAUUUGUUGUGAAGGACCUCCAAGAAAAUCAGAGGAUCAUUAGCGAGAAAAUUGAAAAUUUAGAGUCAACAGACACAAGGACAGGAGACGAAGAGAGCAAGAUACCUCCAGAAAUUUCUGCUGACAUCCAUCUUGUGCACAAUAAUUUGGGAGAUGAAAAGCAGUACAACCCUGAAAAAAGCCUCACUUCCAAACACAACACAUCUGUGAGAAAGUUUCUAGAGGAUGAGGUCAAUAGCCAGGAAAAGUGUUAUCAGAGGAAAUCUGUCAAGCGUGCUGCAGCACGCUAUUAUGAAACAAAACGGCGCCUUUACCUAGCAUCGCUGCCAGCAAAUGCCGACAAAGCUGCAAAAGAUCAGCAGAGCAACAAACUAAGAUCAAGGAGACAAAGGUUGUAUAAAGGGAGAGAGUUGACGUUGCAGUUGGAGCGGAGAGGAAUGCAAUGGAGCAGCUUUCUCAAGAGUACAUGAGUGACGAGGAGGAUGGCACAGGUCAGCUGCGGGGAAACUGGGUGGUCAAAAGACCGACGUGGAGGUCGCCUUUGGCAAACAAGCUAAUGGCAAGACUCCAGAGAAAGUUAGAUGCCGCCAACUUGGACUCUGGACGCGCCAAAAAGCAGAGGAUUGAAGGAAGGGAGCCAUCGCAUACAGGGGCCUCAAAGACAAGGGUGGAGUGGGCUCUGCAACAACAAAGGGAGGAGGGGGAGGAAGACGAGGACAGUAAGGGCGAGUCGAUCACCCCGCCCACGAAGGAGAGAAGGGUACACCGCCCUAUUGACAGCAGCGACGAAGAAAACUUUUAAUUUGAAAUUUGUAACUUUUUUAGAAAUUGUAUCCAACGUCUAGGUCGGUCCAAAAAUUGGGAGGUUUUCGAUAACCUCUGCAACAAAGUGCGAUAGUCAAUGUGUUGUAGUCAAGCCAUCAGCCAAAAUAACAAAAACAUUAGAGUGGUUUUCAUAAACUUGAUUCCCUUUUGUUUUUUUUUCUUAAAUAUUACACUUUCUUGCACGGGUUUUUAUAAACAAAUAUUGUAAAAAAAAAUUAUGGUUGACUAGAGGAUAGUACCUGUUUUCCAAGGUGGAAUAACUGAAGUAUGGAAAUUAUAUUUGAUUAUAAUAUUUCACACUUGUAAAUAGACAAUAAUGAGUUUAACUGCAGAUUUUCCUGUUAAUAAGUAUUUUUUUGUAAAUAGGUAUUUAUUGUGAAUAAGAUUUUUUUUUAAACAUUGGUUGUAUGGAUUGUAACUUUUAUGUUUAACUUUUUUAGUAUUAUUAAAUAUUGAAUGACAAGAAAGUCUAUUGUUUGUCCCUUAUAAUGCACACUAAUGUUUGUUACCAAACAAAGCAUUUGCCUUAAAACCAUAAAAAACACAGUCUGUUAUGUAAUACAAUGGUGAAUUUCAUACAAUAGUGAAUUUCCAAAGUUUUUUAAGAAGAAAAAGUAGAACCGGCAGGAUCGUUUUCAACCCGUAAAUCGCACGAAAACGGCAUGUAUUCAAGCGUGUGCGUGCUCUUUUUUAGCUCAGUUCGGACCCGAAUACGUUUGUAAACGGCCAGUAUUCAGGAGUUUACGUACUCGCUAUACCCGAAAUUUUCAUCAGUGUGCGGACUGAUUCGGAAUCGCAGACGUCCCGCACACGUGAAGACGUGCAGAACAAAAACGUCCGUACAUCGUCGAACACGGGACGUACUACGUAGCGUUUUCAUCAAUAUGCGGACCCGAAUAUACGUCUUUUCGCGCUGUGGCAGCGGUAUGCUCAAAUCGAGAAAGAGGCGUUGGCAGUAACGUGGGCAUGUGAACGCUUUAGCAGUUAUCUGCUUGGAAAGACAUUCCUUAUACUAACUGAUCAUAAGCCUCUUGUAUCUCUUCUAGGUUGCAAGGACUUGGAUACCUUACCACCGAGGGUCCAGAGAUUUCGCAGCGUUUGAUGCGAUUCCACUACAGUAUCCAGCACAUCCAAGGUAAAGACCUGAUCAUGGCAGACAUGCUGUCCAGAGCACCAGUUGAGAACUGUGAUGGCCAGGAAAAAACCUCCAUGAAGUAAGUCAGGAGUUCGUAGACCAUGUCGUCGCAGGCCUCCCAGCUACCAACAGGCAACUGGAUAACAUAGCAGCCCACCAACGUGAGGAUGAGGUAUGCCAGCUGUUAAUGAAAUACUGCAGAGAUGGGUGGCCGGAGAAGGCGAACCUUAAGGGUCCAAUCAAGUUGUAUCAAUCAGUGGCUGGAGAACUGACAGUUAAGAAUGGCUUGUUGAUGAGAGGAUGUAGAAUUGUAAUUCCGAGUUCAAUGCGAAUGGAUAUACUGGAAAAGUUACAUACGGGUAAUCUCGGUAUCGUACGAUGCAGACAGCGAGCCAACCAAUCGGUUUGGUGGAGAGGGCUAGCACGUCAGUUACAAGAAUGCGUGGAGAACUGUAAAGUUUGUAGAAAGCAGUCAAGAAACCCAGCAGAACCACUGAUGGCAACUGAGCUGCCAAGUCUCCCCUGGCAGAAAGUUACCACGGAUCUGCUGGAUUACAAAGGACACCAGUACCUGGUAGUGACUGACUACUAUUCCAGGUAUGUAGAACUAGCUAAGCUAACUACUACUAGCACUUCGGGAGACAUAAUUAAUCACUUGAAGUCUAUCUUUGGGAGACACGGGAUAACAGAGUGUUUAGUAUGUGACAAUGGGCCUCAGUACUCGUCCCAUGUGUUUGCCGAGUUUGCUAGAGAGUAUGGAUUUACGCCUAUCACCAGUAGCCCUCGUUAUCCACAAGGUAACGGGCAUGCUGAGAGAGCUGUCCAAACUGUGAAGUCACUUCUGAAGAAGUGCAAUGGUGAUCCAUACCUGUCACUGUUGACAUACCGCGCUACUCCACUGGAGCACGGGUUCAGUCCUUCGGAGCUACUAAUGGGACGUCGACUCAGAACAACAGUACCUAUAUCACCAGAGCAGCUAAAGCCUGCAAUCCCAGACUUCAAUAGGGUCAAAGCUAAGGAUGACAUGAUCAAGGAUCGUCAAAAGCGUAACUUUGACCAGCAUCAUGGUGCACGUGAACUGACACCUCUGAAAAGUGGUGACAAAAUUUGGCUGAGCGAUUUCGAGACUGAAGGCACGGUAAAGAAUCAGGUCGAGACACGCAGUUACACAGUAUCUACACCACGAGGUGAGCUGAGGAGAAGCCGGAGACACCUGAAAAGUCUUCCGGAUGAGUCACAAGAGACACUGGACUGCGAACCUGAUCCUGUCCUACCUGAUGCUGACAAUACACUGGAGACAGCGACAACUCCAGCACAUGCACUGACGGAGAGUCCUAUCCAUGACAGUAUGCGGACCACCCGCAGUGGCCGGAUCAUCAAAACACCUCAACGGUUCAAAGAGUGAGAGCUCGACAAACGAGUAGGACAAAAACCUAAGAUAUAAGACAUUGUCUUUAUGUUUCUAGUUAUAAUAGGCUACUUAGCCAGUGUUUUGUUCAUGGACACUUUAUUGACAUUCUACAUGAGUUCAUGUAUGUUACACUAUGUCUUAAAUAAGGACCUAUUUCAAGUUAUGUAAAAGUGCUAUUUGUAAGCCCAGAAAGGGGAUGUAGUGUUAGCGAUUUUGGGUACCCUGUGGUACCUGUCUCGUUUUGAGGAAAUAAAGAUGUUGUUGAUAUCCAA